AUGUAUGUAUAUACCUAUUUAUACGUUGGCUCCUUCUCAUCCCAUCUCUCUCCAUUCUUUUUCUUGCUUGCUUUAAAAAAAAUUAGUGUGUGUGUGUGUGUGUGCACGUCUUCCUCUCCGCCUUGCCAGUGGUCGCUGUUAGUGCUUCUGUCUGCGUUUGCUUUGCAGGGAUGUCUGUCCUGCGCUCUUCGUUUAUCGCCGUUCUCCUGCUGCAGCAGCUGGCGCUUCUUGCGGGCGCCGAGGAGCCCAUCGAGCACGUCAGCCUUAUCCACCGCCACGGUGCGAGGGAGGAGCCGCCUCUCACCCACAGGGGCCUUGCCGAUGUCGCACAGUUGA